AUGUGUAGUGAUAAGACGUUUGAGGGUCAAAACAGUGUCAUUUACUACACCACAUUUGACAAGUUUGAAGAGACCAAAUACGUGAAAAAGGACAACACCGAGUAUUUCUCAACGAUUUUUGAGUUUGGAAAGUGCUUGAAAGAUAAUAACAUGUACUAUAAAUUUGAGAAGAACGGCACACAAAUUAAUGCGUUUACUUCCUCAACUUCUUGUGACACAUUGAAAGUUGCAAGUGAUUCAGUAUUGUCUGGUAAAGUGUCUGCUAUAAUAUCUUUGCCGGAGCACGCUGCUAUUAUGUAUAACUACGGAUCUCUUGUUAACUGUUCAAGUGAAAAUAUUGAUAUGGCGACUCAGUACGUCUUUGAUAAAUGUUUUGAAGAAGACGGAAAGUACUAUAAAGUCCAAGUUGGGAUCAGUGAAUUAGCAAAACGCGAAUAUGACAACUCGGCGUGCUAUGGAAAGUCCAAUACUGUGUGGUACAUUUAUAUGGACAAGUGUACGACUAAUAACAAAGAUAAUGUCAGAAUCACUUAA